AUGAAGUUACACAUUAUUUUGUUCGCAACCAUAUAUUUAUUAUUUAAUGAAAAGUUAAUAAAAUGUACAACCACCAGUAAUACUGAAGGAGGUGGUACAAAUCCAAGUGGAAGAGAAGGUACAACUGCACGUACAGGUGAAAAUACUACUCCAGGUGCCGAUACAAAUUCAAAUCAAAAUCCACCUACAGUUUCAGAUGGUAGUUCAGGUUCAAGUACACUUACAGCAGAAGGUUCUCGUACAGUAACACCAAGUUCUCCUGCUGCAGGUACAGGAAGUACUACUUCCACAGCUAAUACACAAUCUUCAUCGUCAUUAGAAAAACCUGAAAAUGAUAAACCUAUAGUUUCUGCUAUGUUAAAAAAUUAUAAUGGAGUAAAAGUUACUGGAACAUGUGGUGCAGAUUUCGGUUUAUUUUUAGUACCUCAUAUUUAUGUACAUGUUAAAUCACAAGAUACUGAAAUUGAAUUAUCAUCAGAAUUAGCCCCACCAGAAAUGCCAACAAAAUUUGAUACGACUAAAUUGACAAAUGAUUGUAAGAAAGAUGUUACAAAAAAAUUUAAAUUUGUAGCAUAUAUUAAUAAGGAUGUCUUAGUUUUUAAAUGGAAAGUAUACACAGAAGGAACAACCAAGGAACAAAUGGUUAAAGAUGUGGAUGUAAUGAAGUACAUAUUACCAAAUUUAAAACAACCAAUAACAUCCAUUCAAGUACAUAGCUGGACAGGAAAAAAAGAUUCUUAUAUACUUGAAAGUAAAGAUUAUGUCUUAGGAGAUGGAAUGCCUGAAAAAUGUGAUGCUAUAGCUACCGAUUGUUUCUUAAGUGGAUUUACUGAUAUAGGCAAAUGCUUCCAAUGUAAAUUGUUAAUGCAAGAAAAAAAUACAAAUGAUUCUUGUUUCAAAUACGUUUCAGAAAAUCAAAAAGAAUUAAUAAAUCACCAAUUAGAAGUCAAAGGAGAAGAUGAUGAAGAAUCUAGUGAAUAUCAAUUAAGCGAAUCAGUAAGGAACAUAUUAAAAAAUAUGUACAAAAAGAAUGAUGAUGAUAAAAAAAAAGAAUUAUUAGAUUUUGAAAAUGUGAAUAAUGAUUUAAAAUCUGAAUUAUUAAAUUAUUGUAAUUUAUUAAAAGAAGUAGAUAUGAAUAAUCUUUUGAAAGAUCAUGAAUUAGGAAAUGAAGAAGAUAUAUUUAAUAACUUAACAAAAUUGUUAGAGGAAUAUAAAGAAGAAAAUGAUAAUGUUCUUUAUCAUAAAAUGAAAAAUGAAGCAUUGUGUUUAAAAAAUGUAAAUGACUGGAUGAAAAAUAAAACAGGAUUAGUAUUACCACAAUUAACAUAUGAUUUAACAGAUGAAAACAAUGAUUUUACAGAGGUCACACAAAAUAAAAAUUAUACUUCUGAAAAUAUUGUAGAUAAAUUAUAUUGUAAUAAUGAAUAUUGUAAUAGAUUAAAAGAUCAUAAUAAUUGUGUAUCCAAAAUAAAUGUAGAAGAUCAAAAGAAUUGUGCCUUAUCAUGGGCUUUUGCAUCUAAAUAUCAUUUAGAAACUAUUAAAUGUAUGAAAGGAUACGAACCUGUAAAUACAUCUGCUUUAUAUGUUGCAAACUGUGGUAAAAAUGAAAAUAAAGAUGUAUGCACUGAAGGAUCGAAUCCAUUAGUAUUCUUACAAACAGUUGAAGAAAAGGGAUUCUUACCAACAGAAUUAAAUUAUCCAUAUGAUCAAUCUAAAGUUGGAGAUGUAUGUCCAGAAGUACAAAAUGACUGGGAUAAUGCAUUUGAAAAUGCUAAAGUAUUAGAUUAUAACAAUGAACCAUUUUCUUUAGGCACCAAAGGAUAUACUGCAUAUGAAAGUGAACAUUUUGAGGAUAAUAUGGAUUUAUUUAUAGAUAUGGUAAAGAGGGAAGUACAAAAUAAAGGUUCAGUUAUUGCUUAUGUAAAAGCUGAAAAUGUCUUAGGAUAUGAAUUAAACGGAAAGAAGGUUCAAAAUUUAUGUGGUGAUAAAACACCUGACCAUGUAGUUAAUAUUGUUGGUUAUGGUAAUUAUUUAAAUGAUGAAGGUGAGAAAAAAUCUUAUUGGCUUGUAAGAAAUAGCUGGGGUAAAUAUUGGGGAGAUGAUGGUUACUUUAAAGUUGAUAUGUAUGGACCAUCAAACUGUGAAAAUAAUUUCAUCCACAGUGUAGUAGUAUUUAAUGUUGAUUUACCUGUAAAUGAAAACUUCGAUAAAAAAGAGCAUGAUAUAUAUAAUUACUACUUGAAGAAUUCUCCAGAAUUCUAUCAAAACCUUUAUUAUAAAACAUUUAAUUCAAAUAAAGAGGAAACAUCUAUGAAUAACAAUUCUUAUGUUUAUGGUCAAGAUACACCACCACCACAAAAUCAACCAUCAGUAAGUGGAGCACAACAUCAGACAGAAUCAUCUGAUAGUGGAAGACAACAGACAACAUCAUCAGGUACUGGAGCACAACCAACAGGAUCAUCAUUAACUGAAACUCAAGGAGGAUCGCAAGUAAGUGGAGUUGUACAAGGACCAAGAUCAUCCUCACAAGGAGUGCAACAAGUAUCAGGGCCUUCAUCAAAAGAAGGAUCACCACCAGGAGCUGCAGAAACAAAAGGAACAGAAACUACAGUAUCAACUGCAGAAGGAUCAUCAGGAGUAUCAGCUCCUGCCAAGGAAGAUACAACCGCAGAAAAGAUCCAAAUAAUGCAUGUAUUGAAACAUAUAAAGAAUAGUACAGUUAAAAGAGGUUUAGUUAAAUAUGAUCAUGAAUUUGAAGUAGGAGAUAAUUCUUGUUCAAGAACUACUUCAAAAAAUCCAGAUAAUUAUGAAGAAUGUGUAAACAUUUGCAAAGAAAAGUGGUAUGAUUGUAGAGGAACACCUGUUCCUGGAUAUUGUUUAAGUGCUUUUGAUAAGAAAAAUGAAUGUGAUUUCUGUUAUGUAUAA